AGACCAUCUCUCUCUAGAAGACCCGUUACAUGCUCCAUAGCUGACAAGACGCCAUGUCCAACAAGAACCACCAUCAGCAUCACAAAGCCUUCACUAUAGCGCAGCACCAAGCGAGACAGGCCCGCAGAAAAUCAUCUACCCAUGCACAACGCCCAACUCUCCACCAGGCGCCGGCUCUUCAGCAGCGGGCCUCGGUCCAGCAUGGUCAGUCAAUGGAUAUGAAUGUAUACGGCGACUCGGACGACGCAGAUACGGAAACGGAUGAAGAGCCCGAGACGGCAAAACGAACUGCUGCUAUAACCAUGACAGCACCUUCCGCGGCUCAGCAAGAGACGGCGAGUCCUCUCAAACGCAAGCGCGCCAUGAGUAUGAGUGAGCUCUUUGACUUCCCAGACUCACCGCCCGCUUCUGAUGGCGGGUCUAUGACGCCUGGGAGUCAGAGUCAGUAUCACUUUGACGACAUUGCAGCCUUGGAUGAGAGCGAGGAUGAGUAUGACAUGGAACGGAUGGAGUCCGCAGAACUGAUUCAUGAGCGUGAAGAUGAUGAUAUGCGAGGCCACAAAUUCCAUGUCAUGGAUGAUGAUAAGCCCUUUGCGUAUGCUCCAGAGGAGGAGGAUCAAGAAGCCGCAACGCCAAGCGAGCAAGGGUCUCGCUCAGAAGAGUACUGGCUCGAAGACUUUGACGCACUCCUCAAUGGCGCAUCACUCUUUGAGAUUGAUGCCUCCAAUAGCGCCAAUAAUCGCCAUAUUGAGCCCAGCCAGGAUUCCCUGCUGGAGCAAGAAUUCUUUGUGCAUGGCAAUUCAAGCUCAUCAGAUCAGGAUGAGGACGAGGAAAAUGAUGAUGACGACGACGACGAUGAAGAAGAAGACGAUGAAGACGGAGAUGAUGAUGAGCGGAUAGGCUGGGAUUGCUUCUUUGCCAACGGUGACUCUGACUCUGAGACGGAAAUGGAGCUUGAAGCCAUGGCACAACAAGCCAUAGCCGAAGAAGAGCUGGCACAGGCAUUGUUUCUCACCAGUCAAGUCAUGGACAUGCCUGAUCAAGUCGAUGGCGACUCUGAUGCCAGCACAACGGAUGAUGAAGCACCAGAGCUGCUGCUGCAACGCAGCAAUUCAAAGCUCAAUCCUAUGACACCUGCGCGUGCACUCGUCAAGUCCAAUUUGACAUCGUGCAUGAAGCAAGCUUCCUUCAUUGACGACACAACACCCACCAAAGCAGCGGGUCAAUAUCUGCUCAAUACAUCAACAGAUCUCACCACACCCAAUCAAGCACCCUUGCUCGGCACCUGGACCCGCGACACAACCAGACCAGUCGCAGUGAUUGAUGGCUCCACCACGAACUCACCAGCGCACACACCACCGCUCCCUAAAGCCGCACCCGUCAUGUCUGGCAUGACAGGCAUCAAGUUGACACCUGCCGCUGCCCUCGCCGCAGCGACAGAAGCGUCCAAAAUUGCCAAUGCGAAACUCAAACGGGCGAAAGCGUAUCGUCGGUCAGAAGCCAUGACAGCAGCCAUCACUUCACUGGAUGACAUCAUGUAUACGAAUGAUUUCCUGUUGCCUGGCGAGGCCGAUGCUCAUGGCCACAGUGUUGCGCCGCUUGAACUAACACCAACCAUUGCAGCACCUGGUGCGUUUCGUCGACAUCAACAAAACCGUACAAAUGUGCACAAGGAGGAUUCCCUCAAGGAUGAAUGGAUUCUCCUCACCUCCAAGAGUAAAGCAGCUCGAGAUACACGGAAAGUAUCAGCAGUACCUGUCCUUGGACUCGGCACAGAUUCAUUGUCUCGCAAGGAGAAGAGGAGACGGAAGAAACUCAAGACGGCCGCAGCGGGUGCUGGUGGACUUGGCAGAAUUGGUGGUAGUGCGUUGAGUAUGGAUGGUGAUUAUUCAACAGGUGAAGAUGAGGUGUUUGGUGUUGAACGAGCUGGUCUCGGUAUGGGCCCACCUCUUGAGUCAUUGUUUAGCUUUUGAUGGGUGGAUUGGCUCAUUAUGUGCUUUAUUUUGCAAUUUGGAUAGACCAGCGUUAGCAAG